CGUGAGUUGGCCAUGUCUAGCACAUACACCGGAGCCUAACGGAAUCACAGCGAUGUGAACCCUGUACUGCUGUCGCCGGAGUCACGGAUCCUUGCGACCUAGGCCAAAGCUCAGCGGAAACUCCAGGCUCCAGCAUGACCUAUCUGGGGGUCGAGAGAACUUCCCGUCACGUUCUUUGAGAGCCUCGAAGAGCGCGGACUCUGCAACGAUAAGGGUCCGCGUGCUUUGUCCAGGAAGUGCUUUUUCAUCGCUCAGAUGAGCUCGACAGCUCAUGGCGGAGGCUCCCACCAUUCAGCCUCAAACGUUACCGCUGCAUCUGCAGCUACGACCAAGGAAGUCUCGAACCAAGACGGGCUGUCUGACCUGCCGCACGCGCCACAGAAAAUGUGACGAGAAGCAACCCACAUGUGACAAUUGUCUUCACAGGAGUCUCGCCUGCUCCUGGCCAGCUGAAACCAGACGGACCUCGACAGCGGACGCUCGGAACCAUGGGAAACCAGCGACUACUAUGGCCACCACCCGCGCAAUCCAACUGAACAAAUCAUCUACCGGAGAUUCCACUGCACCAUCUACGAACAUGACAGUCCCGAAACCACUUCCAUGGCGGCCUGAAGGAAUUCUCGCAGAUGCCAGCUCUCGUUCACUUUUUGAAUACUACAUCCUCAACACUGCCAAUGUACUCGUAUCCAGCCGGAAGGCCGAUAAUCCAUUCCUGUCAUGCGUCCUGCCCCGGGCGCUUUCUGACGAUCUGAUACUCAACUGCGUUCUGGCUAUGACCGGGGCUCACCGAACCUAUGCGGACGCCGACCACAAGUACAAUUAUUUGUAUCGCAAGCACUAUGCCCUUGCUCUCUCUCAGCUCAGGCGUGAAAUUUCACACAGCGACGCAGGUCAGAGUAUCAGGUUCUUGCUGGCAACCCUGCUGCUGACCCUCGUAGAGGCUAUCAAUGGCAACGACCAUGGCGCAGCUGCCCUCCACUUGCGAGCAAGUCAACCACUUGUUUCAGCCGCACUUACAGCAUCUUCCAGCUUCGACAACGAUGCUAUCAAAUCCUUCCUUGUUGAGUGGUAUGUCUAUCUGAAUCUGGUCUCAAACUUUACUUUCAAAAGUGACCACCCCUUCCACGGGUCGUCAACGGACCAUUGGCUUCCCUCAUUGGAGCAUAUUAUGCAGCAAAAUUCCAGCAGCACCUUUUUUGGACUUUCCCAGGGCUUGUUCAGAAUGAUUCCCAGCAUUUGUGCUCUCGGCCAACAGCGGUUGCAGGAGCGGAAUCAAGGCACAGUCUCAUUUGACAGCUAUGCGAAAUAUGCAUCUCUGGAGCGAAGAAUAUGCACUUGGCAGACCCCUGCAGGCCUCAAAAUGGAGGAUGAAUGGGCGGAGCAGUUGUCGACGGCCGCCGACGUACACAAACACGUGUUAUUGAUAUUCCUGCACAGUGCAUUUCAUGGCUCACCUGUGGCAGAUGACGAGAUCAUGACCAAGUUGCAGCCUGAGCUAGACUCUCUCCUCCUAAUAACUCAACGUCUUCUGUCAUACGAUGCUCAGGCUCAGCUGUUGUCAAACAUGCUUUGGCCGUUAGUAAUCGUGGGAUCAUGGCUCUCGGAUCCUGACCAGCAACAAAUGCUUCGAGACAUCAUAGCCGGAUCGCCGUUCAGGAUGGCACUAAUCGACAAGGUUAUGCUCUUGCUGGAGCUUCUAUGGAACCAAGAGUCCCAUAGUAACGCCUGCUUAUUUGGGCCUGUAGGUGUCCAGGUCAUCAUGGAACGCUACAAUCUCGAAAUUGUUGUCGCUUAAGUUGAUACUGCGAGGUGCUGCCGGUCCGUCUAGAUAUAAGCCUUGGGUUUGAACCAUCCACCCCACCCACCACCCCAUGAGAAGCUUCGGAGCCGGCCGAUCAGCAUAGCUGCAUUAUGAAUGAAACUCUGAAACCAUUUGGGGAUUUCACUAUGACUGGUGAAUGGUUCUCUCGGCGCCUAUUGCUCUAAGGGCAAUCCCAGUCGAUCAAUCUGUCCGAUUCUCUCUUAGGCACAGUGAUGGAUGAAAGACUUCCAGUGCCGCCACCGCAAUAGAGAUGAGGAAUCCUUCGAACCAGACGAAGAGAUCUUGACGGCGCGUGAUCGGACCUGUCCAGCCGCGGCUCAGUUCUGCAACUCGAUAUGUGCAUCGCCAGAAAAUGGUGAAAGUUGACAGAGCGACAGCCGCAAGGAAGCCUUUGACCUGCCACGAGACAGUGGGGGGUUUUGUUGUAGGCUCUGAGUGUGCCUCUUUGCCAACUUUUUGCCCUUUCCAGACCCUGAAUCCGAAGUCCACGCAAAUGACGAUGAAGAUGAGUAAGGUCAAGACCUGGAACGACAACCCAGCAAUCAUGAUGUUGUCACCAGUGUCCAAGCUUGUGCCAUCUCCCAAGGCAAUGGCCGCAAUGGCACCGCCAGUGGCCUGAAGGAUCAGAGCAACAAUGUCACAGGGAAUGAACUACUCAUGGAUUCGGUCAAAGCCCGCUCCAACACUCGAGAUCGGGUACUUACCAUCUUGGGAUACCAGGUCGCAGGGAUCCUGGAAUGCUCAGGACCAAAGAGUCCAACAAUAUGAGACAGACAGAGGUAGAUGCCUGCUGAAAAGAAGGCAGGGCCGAUGGUGAGACAGAUAAUCUGGAUCAGGAAGUAGUUCUCUUCCCAUUGAUUGUGGUGUGAGAGUAUACGGCCCAUAUAUCCGAUGAUCUCACACACGGUGCCGAGUGCCAUCGCCACCAGGAAGGAGAACCAUCGUCUCGUCAAGGCAUAUACGCAGAUGAAGGCCAGAAGGGAGCAUGAGAAGAAGGCCAGGAAUGCGACGUUGGGCACCAGGUUGAUGCGGUACAUGUAGAAGGACGAAUCGAGCGGACAGGUGUCGAGGGUGCAAUUAGCGGUGUCGCUGGGCGUCGCCUGCGGUGUCACCGGCGUGCUGCUGCCACUCGUUGCAGUAGCGCUCAUGAUUAUGGUGGUCUCUGCUGGACUUUGGCGAAAGACUGUUUGGUGAAUAGUGCCUAGGCCAGACGAGCAAAGGCACAGAAUGAAAACGGCCGGGCGACUGUAGGGAGAGAAGUAACUUGGUCUUCAGCCGGUGCGUCAAUCAACUAAUUUUAUAUCUUUGUAUACUUACGACCAGCAACGGAUCAGGCGUAUCCAAAAGGGGUUUCGUUUCUCUAUCUCUCUCAGCAGUGCCUCCAUACCGUGGACGCCGCACGUUGGUGGUUCGGGGUUCCA